AUGACUAAUUCUCAGAGUUCUCAAGUGAUUGUCUGCUGUCUCAUUUUGUUUAUUCCAUUUGUUUUCCUGUACUACCUCCGCAUUGACAGCUACUUCUAUCAUCCUGACAAUAAUGCCACUACAAUCGAGCAGGCUGAACAACUAUUAGGCAGUGACAAAGCGCCCUUGAUUAUGGCCUUUAAUGGAUGGGUGAUGAACGACAAUCCGCUGAGAAACUUUGCCGAACCUGGCUCGAACGUAUACCUUCGUCGCGAGCUGAUCGUAUGGGGUGACUCGGUUAAGCUACGGUAUGCUGAUACUUGCUUAUAA